AUGGCCACGAUGACACACUGUAUGAUGUUUAUGCAGCAUUCAAGACGGCUAGAGAAGCUUGGAAAUCUCUUGGGAGAAAAUAUAAAACUAAAGAAGGCAAUUCGAAUUUUUGAAGACAUGGUCUAUCAUAGAGUAUCACCGAGUCACAUUUCAUUCGUUAGUGUCUUGGGUGGGUGUAGUCACGCUGGUCUUGUUGAAGAGGGGAAGAUGUUUAAUUCUAUGGUAAAAGAACAUGGUAUAUAUCCCAGAGUUGAGCACGAUGCUUGUAUGGUGGAUCUGCUUGGUCGUGCCAAUUGGUUCGAUGAAGCAGCCAAAGUCAUAAAAUAUAUGCGGAUUGAACCAGGUGCUAAACUGGCGGAGAGAGCAAGUGAAAGGCUAUUUGAGCUUGAGCCUAGGAAUGCUGGGAAUGACGUACUUCUAGCUGCUAUUUAUGCUGAAGCCAAGAUGUGGGAUGAGGUAAAAAGAGUAAAGAAGCUUUUAGAAGCUCGAGAACUACAAAAGGUCCCAGGUCGGAGUUGGAUUGAAGUUAAAAGGAAGAUAUACUCAUUCAUUUCGGUUGAUGAGUUUAACCCACAGAUGGAGAAGCUCCAUGCAUUGUUGACUGAAUUGUCAACAGAGAUGGACAGAGGAUAUAAGCCGCAAACUAAAGUUGUCCCAUGA